GUUCUCUUUCACAAAGACACAAACUGGUGUAGUCCCCACUUGCAUGUUCAAUCUUGUGAGAGGCCAGCCAAUGGCAGCCUGGAUUUUCCCACAUAUAACAUGACUAUGGAUCUCUAACUACAUUCAGAUCUAAGAACAUGCAUUUAUUUAUCUAGACCUCCUCUUCUUCUUCUUCUCAUUCCUGUCCAUCUUCAUUCUGCCAAACAAUGGCACACUGGUUGUCUUCUUCAUUGGUUCUACUUCUCUGUUUUGCCAUAUCCACCAUUGCAAAGCCAAGCUCUUUCUCUUUCAAGGAUAACUUUGAUGUCAUGUUUGCUGAUGACCAUUUCAAAACCUCAUCAGAUGGACAAGUUUGGUCCCUUUAUCUUGACAAAGAAACAGGAUGUGGGUUCCAGACAAAGCAGAGAUACAGGUUUGGGUGGUUCAGCAUGAAGCUGAAACUUGUUGGUGGAGACUCUGCAGGAGUUGUCACUGCUUUCUAUAUGUGUUCUGACUUGGGUGCAGGACCAGAGAGAGAUGAGCUUGACUUUGAGUUCUUAGGGAACAGAACAGGGCAGCCAUACACCAUACAAACAAAUGUCUACAAGGGAGGAGUUGGAGGGAGAGAGAUGAGACACAUGCUCUGGUUUGAUCCUACUGAGGACUUCCACACUUACUCAUUGCUCUGGAACAAUCACACCAUAGUGUUCUUUGUGGAUAGAGUUGCAAUAAGAGAGUAUAAGAACAAUGUGGCUGAGUCUAAUGACUUCUUUCCGAAUGAAAAACCAAUGUAUAUGUUUUCAAGCAUAUGGAAUGCCGAUGAUUGGGCGACGAGGGGAGGGUUGGAGAAGACAGACUGGAAGAAGGCGCCGUUUGUGAGCUCAUACAAGGACUUCAACGUCGAUGGGUGCCAGUGGGAGGACCCGUACCCAGCUUGCGUCUCGACCACGGCCGAGCACUGGUGGGAUCAGUAUCAAGCCUGGACUCUGACCGACAGCCAGCAGCAGGACUUCAGUUGGGUUGGGAGAAACCUUGUCAUCUAUGAUUACUGUAAUGACUACGAGAGGUACCCCAAGUUGCCUCCAGAGUGUGCUCUUCAUUCAGAUUAGAAGAACGGCCCAUGCAAUUGCUUGUUUCAUACAUACAUAGCAUAUAUAUACAUGAGAUAUUUCUCCUCCUUUUUCUGCUUAUGAUUAUUAUUUAUAUUCAAAUUUUGUUGUUCAAUUGCAAUAAACAACAGCUUUUGAGA